CAAUCGGCUUGCCUGCGUGGAUCGGAAUCGUCCGUAGUCGUCGUUAACGAAUUCGGAUCGCCGCGUCUCGGUUUGACAGUGCAGCAGUGGAGAGAGCAAAGGAGGAGCCGGGGGUGUGAAGGCGAAAUGUCUGACGAGGUGGCCAAAGCGCUGGCGGCUCGGCCCGGGGGUGACACCAUCUUCGGCAAGAUCAUCCGCAAAGAGAUUCCAGCCAACAUCAUCCACGAAGACGAGCAGUGUAUCGUAUUCCACGACGUGGCCCCCCAGGCCCCCACGCAUCUCCUCGUCGUGCCCAAGAAGGCGAUCCCUGGACUUCCCAACGCCACUGCCGAGGACCAAGCGUUGCUCGGACACCUGAUGCUGGUGGCGGCGAAGGUGGCCGCGCAGGUCGGCCUAAGCAGCGGCUACCGGCUGGUGCUAAACGACGGGCCUGAAGGUGGCCAGUCCGUCUACCACCUGCACCUGCACGUGCUGGGCGGGCGCCAGCUGGGGUGGCCCCCGGGCUAAACCCCGCGCCACCGCUGCCCUCCUCCUGCGACGGAACGCAUGCACCUGAGACGCAGUGGCCAGUUUCCCCUUGGGAUGCAGCAUACUGUGAGCCACAACCACCUGUGUGGGUGGACCAGCGAUGAGCAAGUCCGCAUCGGGUUUUAAAAUGCCCCCCCCCCCACCACUCCCUCCCCCCCCGGCUAUGAAUGACAGACCCUGUCAGUGGCUCUGCAUGUAAAGCUCACGACAAGACACGAGGAGGAGUUGGCAAAACCCAUGCCGGGUUGCUCGGCAGCCUGCAGACAUGCAUUGUGGUCGGGGUGUUGCUUUUCCUGCCAUUGACGUCAAUAAAAUCUGAAACUGUGGGC